CUCAACAACCCAUCACUGCUCCACGAGGCGUCGCUCCGAGAUGGCCAGUGGGUUCAAGCAAAGUCCAUGGGAUCGUUCGAAAUCGAAGACCCCGGUUCCAAUCAAGUCGUUGCUUCAUGUCCAAUCAACACCACUGAGGACGUCGAUGCCUAUGUCGAGACGGCGUAUGCUGCUUUUGAAAGAUUUAGGCAUGUGAAUCCUCGCGUGCGAGCGCAAAACCUCUUGCGCUGGCACCAGUUGAUCACUGAGGCUCGCGAAGAUCUUGCUCGGAUCGUGGUCUAUGAGACUGGCAAGCCGCUUGCCGAGGCUCUCGGCGAGGUUGAUUAUGCACUUGGUUUUGCCUGGUGGUUUGCCGGGGAAGCUGAGCGAAUACGAGGAUCGGUUGGCAUCCCUUCCAUUUCGACACGUCGCACCAUUGUGGUCAAACAACCGAUUGGUGUUUGCGUGGCCCUCGUGCCUUGGAACUUCCCAGUGGCCAUGGUAAUACGCAAGGUAGCUGCUGCACUUGCUGCCGGUUGUACCAUUAUUGUGAAGCCGUCCCCAGAGACGCCACUCAGCGUCCUCACCUUGGCAGACCUUGCGAUGAAGGCAGGAUUCCCCAAUGGCGCAUUCAACGUCAUUACAACGGAUGCCGCCCACACGCCAACUGUAAGCGAGUCGUUGUGUCAACAUCCUCGAGUGCGUAAGGUAACGUUUACCGGAAGCACUGCAGUUGGCAGUAUUGUCGCCCAGUAUUGCAGCAAGGGCCUCAAGAAGGUGACAAUGGAAUUGGGUGGCAACUGCCCCUUCCUCGUCUUUGAUGACGCUGAUCUUGAUGAGGCGUUAGCUGCACUCAUGAUACUGAAAUGGCGUACUGCAGGGCAGGCCUGCACGCAUGCAAACAGGGUAUAUAUCCAGAGUGGUAUCUAUGACAGGUUUACAUCCAUGAUCGUUGAGGCAACCCGCAAAAUUCGAGUUGGUCACGGCUUGCUGCCCGGGGUCACAAUGGGGUCACUGACUACUAGACGUGGGAUCGAGAAGCUUGAAGCCCAUGUCCAAGACGCUGUUGCCAAGGGAGGGAAGAUCCUUUGCGGCGGCGAAAAGAUCCAAUCCGCUGGUUAUUUCUUCCAGCCUACUGUCAUCUCCCAUAUGACAUCUAAUAUGCUGACAACAAAGGAGGAAGUCUUUGGUCCCUUGCUAGGGAUCUACCGUUUUGACACAGAAGAAGAGGCUACUCAAGCUGCGAAUAAUACAAGCAUGGGGCUGGCAUCGUAUUUCUUUACAAAGGACGUGCAGCGAACAUGGAGACUUCUUGAAAACCUCGAGGCUGGGAUGAUUGGCAUGAACACAGGCAACUCAUCAUGUGCCGAAUCGCCUUUUGGCGGAAUCAAGGAGUCAGGAUACGGAAAGGAGGCCGGGAAGGAUGUUGCUAUAGAAGAGUAUCUCAUUUCAAAGACUGGUACCUUGACUGUAGGGGCUGCAAGACUCUGA